CUCUAAAUUAAAUAGGAAAUCAAAUCGACGGGGACAGAACCGUUCGCAGAAGAUAAAGCUGCGUGAGGGAAAGCAAAAGGGCGAAGGAGAUCGAAGAAGAUCGCAGACGGAAAAUGGAAUCGGUAAAUGAUUUUAGAAGGAUGACAAAGCUCAGGGAGUGCGUGUUCGGACUUGUGGGAGACGGCUUUGUGAUUGUGGCGGCGGAUGCGUCCACGGGGUACAAUUUCACCGGUGACAAUACCACCGAGGAUAAGAUCACCGUCCUCGAUUCUCACAAGCUAGUCGCCGCUGUUGGUUUCCCGGCGGACAGGUCUCACCACAGUAAAGAGCACACACUUGGAUUUCAUCCCCAGUUACAAGUAGGCCACCAAUACUGUAUUCAAACUAUAAUAGAACACUAUUGAGAUCUCCUAUUACAAUCCAUGCCCCU